AUGGAUUCCGAGAAAAUUGGAGAGGAUGAUAGGAGCAUACAUUUGCAGGUAUUGGAGCUACAAAAAUUAGAGGAAGCUCGAGGCUCAAGCGACACCGUAUUGGAGUUCAGAAACAGCGUCGAGAAAGGAGACAGCGGCGAGACCGCAGACGCAGCGUCUGCCUCUUCCGCGAUCGCGUUCCACAGAUCAUCAUCCCCAGCGCCGGAGCAAAAGCUCACACUUUUCGCUCUCCGUCUUGCGAUUCUCGAGAAAAUCGCUACUUGCCUCGGAACCUUAGGUUUCAUCUGGGCCACGGUGGUUCUGCUCGGCGGAUUCGCGAUCACCCUCGAAAAAUCCGAUUUCUGGUUCAUCACAAUCAUUCUCCUCAUCGAAGGCACUCGAAUCUUCAGCAGAAGCCACGAGCUCGAGUGGCAGCACCAGGCCACGUGGACGGUAGCAGGCGUCGGAAUCAGUAGCUUCCGCGCUCUCCAGUCAAGCUCGAUCUCACUUCUCAGAAAUCUGAAACGAAUCAGGGAAGGAUUUUUCAAGCCAAUCCUUGAAAGCCGAUAUAGAGAGAGCCACUGCGUCGUCGGAGGACAAGAGACCACUCGGACAUGGAAGAACUCAGAGGUUCCUCUUCUUCCUUACGCGAGAUGGCUUUAUAUCUCCAGCUACGUGAGCCGGCUUCUCUACUGGCUCCAGCUCCUCUCAGCAACCGCCUGUGUGGCUCUGUCUUCUUACAAGCUCGUCAGGCACAACUACGGAGACUUUCAGGACGGAGAGAUGGACAAAAGGAACAGAAAGGCCGCUCUUAGCAUCUUCUACUCGCUUGCGCUUGCUGAGGCGUUGCUGUUUCUUGCGGAGAAAGCUUACUGGGAGUGGCAGGUCAGUGUGUGUAGCUUGCUUGAGAAUGUGACUAGAGAGUGUGGCUUUGGGGUUACUGGGAUGGUCUCCAUCAAGAGGUUCUUUUAUGAUGCUUAUUCAAAGUCUGUCAAUGGAAGUAUCUUUGACGGUGUGAAGAUGGAUAUGGUCAGCUUUGCUAUGGAUCUAUUGGGCUCGAGCUGCUCCGAUGAACAGCUCAUAGGAGCAAGGAUUCUCAGGCAGUUUGCGGUAAAUGAGCUGUACGCAGAGGAUACGCUUCAGAAGAUCGGAAUCAACUUACCCGUCAUUGAAAGGUUGGUGGAGAUGCUGAACUGGAAAGAUCUGCAAGAAGAAGAGAUUAGGAGAUCCUCUGCUGAGAUAUUAUCGAAACUCGCAGGCAAAAAACAGAACUCUCUCAGAGUUGCUGGAAUCUCUGGUGCGAUGGAAUCUAUUUCAUCACUGUUACACAACACAAGAUCUUUAGGUGAAGCUCCUGACGAGAUUGGAGAGAAGAAAACCUUCCACGACCAUCAUCUACAAUACGAUUUCUGGAGGUUCAACAAUUUAGGCCUCGUGAUUCUAAAGAAACUGUCCAGAGAUCAUGACAACUGUGGAAAAAUCGGCAAUACAAGAGGGCUUCUUCCAAAGAUUAUUGAUUUCAUGCACACAGAUGCAACACUCUUGAAGGACGAGAACGCAGAUAUGGUUCUGUCACGAGUCCUAACAGUGAAAAGGUCCCUGCAGCUAGUGAAAAUGUUAGUAAGCACAAGUGGGAACACUGGGAAAUGUCUCAGGAGAGAGAUCUCGGAAAUCGUUUUCUCAAUCAGCAACUUGAGAGAUGUACUGCGUCAUGGAGUGAGAUACCCGAAACUGCAGAAGCUCGGGAUUGAGAUCCUGAGCUUCCUCGCGCUUGAUACAGAUGCACGGGAAAGAAUUGGCGUGACUGGAGGUGUCUUGAAAGAGCUGUUCAACAUUUUCUUAAAAAGCAAAACACAUGAGGAUGAGAAUGAGAGCCGUGUCAGAAUCGCUGCAGGGGAGGCUAUAGCUAUGCUUGCUUUGGAGAGCAGUAGCAACUGCACCCACAUUCUAAAGCUCGGAGUCUUGAAAAGACUCGUGGAUGCUCUACAAGUUCCUUUGGUCCGUGUAAAUGCAGCGAGAGUGCUGAGAAACUUGUGCAUAUAUUCUGGACAUGAAUGCUUCCUUGACCUGAGACUCAUUAAAGCAGCAGCUCCUACGGUGUUGAAGUCAAUAACAUCAGGAGACAACAAAUUACAGGAAGUGAUGCUAGGGCUAGCAACACAAGUGUUCAAACUAAUGAGUUCAGAAGAAGCAAACGUCGUUGUGACGGAAUCAGGGAUCAAGAAGCAAGAACUGGCGAAGUCACUGGUUUCGAUUCUGAAAAAGCAUGACAAGCCAUCGAUCAAAGUUCCAAGAAUCAGAAGGUUUGUGAUCGAGCUGGCGAUAUGGAUGAUGGAAGAUGAUGUGGAGAACGUUGUGGUGCUCCGAGAUUUGGGUAUGGAGAGAGAGCUCGAGAAGGUUCUUGAAACUACGGCUGAGCUCGAGAACUUCGAUGUCUUCUCGGGCGCGGUUGGAGUGAGCCGCCAUUGCAGAACGGUUCACUGGUUAGCCGAGUUGGCUUUGAAAAUGCUCGAGUAUGAACAAUCACAAGUAUCAUUUUCCACUUGAUAAACUCAAAGCUCUCGGCAACAAAAGCUUUAACUAUUACAUAUGUAUUUAUUUUGUAAGAAAAAAAAACAUGUAAUAAUUAUGAAGUACAGUAUAUUCGUUUAA